AGGAAAAGGUUCUAGUGGAGGGCCUGUAUUCAUUCCGGAGCGCAAGCUGAACCAGAGGCAGCACAGUUGAUGAAAAUAAAGUAAGAGUGAAAUUUCCAGGGAAAUUUUCAGUGAAAUUUUCAGUGAAUGUGAAUGGAGUGAAAAAACAAUUGAUUAAUUUACGAAACGGGUUGUGAGACGUCACUCAUGUUGAUGUUUAGCCAGUUCUCAGAUUUUUUUUUCUUCUCCAUAAAGUGGAUUGUUAUUGAGAGCUUUCGGGGUUGAUUGCAUCGUGGUGUUUUCUACUGUCAAUCGUCAGAAGAAGAGGAAAGGAGAAGUUGGUUUACUAUAUUUGAGUGGAGAAUUAAUUUAGGGAGAUCAACAUGUUGAUUAGGAGAGUCCGCAGUUUACUGGGAUCUGCUGGACAUCGACAUGUUAUCGCAAGGAAUUUGAAUCUCGUCCCCAUCGUCGUGGAGCAGACGGGCCGAGGGGAGAGGGCUUAUGACAUUUAUUCGAGACUUUUGAAGGAGAGAAUCAUUUGUUUAAUGGGACCAAUAACAGACGAUAUAUCAUCCCUAGUAGUCGCUCAACUUUUGUUCCUACAAUCAGAAAGCAGUAAAAAGCCAAUUCACUUGUACAUAAAUUCCCCUGGAGGUAGUGUAACAGCAGGACUUGGAAUUUAUGAUACAAUGCAGUACGUACUCCCACCAGUAGCAACAUGGUGUGUUGGUCAGGCGUGCUCGAUGGCGAGUUUACUCCUGGCUGCUGGUGCCCCCGGAAUGCGUCACUCAUUGCCCAAUGCUAGGAUUAUGAUACAUCAGCCGUCUGGUGGGGUGCAAGGACAGGCUACGGAUAUUCAGAUCCAGGCCGAGGAGAUUUUGAAGCUCAAGAAACAGAUUAAUCAGCUUUAUGUCAAGCAUACUGGACUCGAGCUACUUAGGAUAGAAAAUAGUAUGGAACGAGAUAAAUUUAUGUCCCCCGUGGACGCCAAAGAAUUCGGAAUAAUCGAUAAAAUUCUGGAGCAUCCACUCCAAGAGAAAGACGAAGAGGGCACUACAAGAACGACAGCGUAAAAUCUUGAAUAUUAAAAAUUCAAUAAAGAUAAAAUGGCGAAAAAACAUUGUUGUAAAUUGUUAAUGUUUAAUAA